GACGUGUUUUUGCGCUCGCUCGUAUGAUGUAAAUGGUGUGGCAGCUGCAUAGGCUUUAUAUAUAGGUACAUAUGUGCCAAACCAGCAUACUAAACCCUAGUGCUAGUAAAUAUAGUGGAAGAAGCAAACAAAGUGCAACGGAACGGAAGGUGUACAUAUCCGCAAGCGUGAGCUAUACGGUGUGAUAACAACACACAGAGAACGACGCCGGUGGCAUCCAUCCGCAAAGCACCAUCAGGAGGAGGCGAUAAAAAUCGUUCAAUCAGAUCGCGGUAACUAUUAUUUAUUGUAGGCGGUUGGUCGGUCGGUCGGACGGUCGUAUGGAGGACGAAAUCAGCUGGUGAUGAUGCGGUGCGGACAAUUUUUGGAAUAACACACAAUACCUAGUGUUGUCGUUUUCUGGUGCCGGUAUCGCUGGUAAAAGGUGGGAUGCAUUAAAGAAGAAAUUGUGGGUGUGUCCUGGUAUUUAUUGCCAAAGUGUUACUGUUUUUGCUUGUUUGAUAAAUUGUGAGCAAAGUGUUUCGGAUUUUUCAAUGACAGAUUGCUUGGAUUCUGGCACUCACAGUUACAAUCGCCGAGUUUAGUAGAAAAGUUGUCUAUUCAAAUAGAGAUAAUAGACGAAACGCAUAUUUAUAGCACAAAGUUAAACUCUGGAAAAAGGAAAACAAUUAAUCAGCAUUAGCGCGAAUAUUUCGCGCUGAGGAGUAAUCAGCACAACCACGAAUGAAAUGCAUUUCAAGUGAGAAAAGUUGAUUUGACCUCCAGUAGCUGAUGCGUCGAACCCAAGAAUGGAAGGAUCAGAAUGUGAGAAAAACCAGUGCAGUUCGCCGUCAGUGAUUGUUGUGUAGAUGACACCUAAUUCGGUGAUUUUUGUGAAAACAUAGUUUCAACUAGUGAUACCAGAACAGUUGCUUAAAGCAGUUUGUGGCCAAUAAGUUCAGUGACAAAAAAGUGUCCUUUUUCAUAUGUUGAAAAAACGACACGCGGAUGCGGAGUCCAGUUUUUGUCAGCAUGCAAUAAUCUGCCAGUGCCGAAUGGAUUAACCUCGAAACCAUCAUCAUCGUGUGUCUAUGGUUUAGGACUACAGCGAAGCUGGACAUCGACCCAAAAUGGCCAACUACUUCGCCUGUUUGGUGAUCCAGCGACUAGUUCUGCCGCUGAUUCUGGCAAUAUGUUGCCUGAUGAGGCCGGUGGGACUAUCACUUCCGUAUUUGUUCUUCCUACUUUGUCUACCGUUUGUGCCAGUAGCAACGCCAAGAAGUAUAAAAGGUUCCACCGGAAUCUAUUUUAAGAUAUACAUUGCACUCAGCAUUUUGCUUCUAGUAGGACAGAUCACCUUUCAAAUAGUGUUUAUAGUGCUAGGUUAUGAACUGAUCGAAUCAUGUCAGUUUUUGGAGCUGCUUCUGCGGCACAUUGGAUUGGUGAAGUUCGAGGAUCUCGACCCGUCGAUGGUCGUCUACUGGAUCUCGCCGGAGAUCAUCAUGAGCUUCACCGCGGUGAUUGUGUUUGUGAUACUCAGGAAACUAUCGGCGGAUAGUACCGGUUCCGGACAGGUGCCGGCCAGUCCCAGCUCGCUGGAAGCACCGGAGGUGCUAUCGCUGCGGUGCGAUCCCAAUCCAGUGAGCCGGGAAAAACUGGCAUUCCUCACCAAGUUCGGUGUCCUGCUGAGCGUGGCAAUGCUUUGCCUUGCAGCCGUACUGCAACCGUCCGUUCCCAGUGGGAUCUAUUUUAUAAUAUUUUUGGGCUCCGCCACUUGGUGGGCAUGUUACAAAGAAUUGAAUAGAGCAUUUGGAGUAGUUUUAAGGAUAACACUAGUGUUUUUAUUUAUACACAUCACGGGUUUUCUGGCCUACCAGAAUCCAUGGCCCCAGCAGCUGCUGCCGGCAAACGAAACGCUGGCCCGGAUAUUCGCACUGACGCCCAUCUUAAGCUCGUCCUGUGACAAUUUGACCGACAUUCGUUACGUGUACUUCAACAGCGACUUAGGGUCCGAUUAUUACUUCAAUCCGGUUGUACUGAUGCUGUGUUACUAUUGUAUAUCAAUCACUUCAUCACUUCUUAUGAAACCAAGACACGAAUCACCCACGAGACGAACGAACCGGCGGCAGGCGGUCAAAUCGCGGAGGGUCUUGCCGAUUGUUCCACUUUCCCAACCUGCACCGUCGUCCGAUGCACCGGACGAGAGGACACCUCUGAUGCGCGGUGGAACGCGAAGGGUACGAGAUGCCUCCUCAUCCGAUGCGCAAAAUUCGCAACAAAAUGAUAGUAUAGCAAUGCACAUGAUCGGCCGUAAACAUAUUCCAGACGAGGAAGACUCGACAAGCUUCUUCGAGCAAAUCAUGCUUGCCGUAGGUAAUGUGGCCGGUUUCAUUUACAAGAACAGUUACAUUUUCACCAACGUGAUUAUGAUGACAUGGAGCAUAAUGUUCCACAGUUGGCUAACCUUUGUGUUGCUCAUUUGGGCCAAUUUGAUCUGGAUCAUGCCAAAUCAGCGGAAAAAUAUGCUGAAUUCUAGUCCGUUCCUAGUCAUCUACGCAGAACUGCUACUGCUGGCUCAAUAUCUGUACGGAAUGAAACUCACCGACGAUGAACUGCCGUCCACUGUCAAUAUUACCGGCAUUAAUCUCGCUCAGAUAGGGCUCAUCAAGUAUCCGGACUAUCCGUGCUUGCCGCUGAUGCUGAAAUCGAUUUUCACCACCAUGUUCUGGAUUUCGCUUCGGCAGAUGAUCCAGGAAAAGCAAUUGGAGCGGCGAACGUCCACCAUUGCCGAUAUGGCUGCACCGUUGCAGAUUACAGUCGGUGCAGCAACGACGGCAGCGUCCAGUGCGGGACCAGCACCGGACAAGAAAUCCUCCGCCUUUAUCACCCACGCUGGCACGAUGAUCAACUCGUUCCUGAUCAAGUUCUGGAUCUGGGUGGUGGCGAUCACGUUGUUCCUAUCGGGCAUGACGGGCAAUAGGAUGACCGGCUUUCGGAUAGUCUACAUGGCACUGUUUUUGAUAUUCGUACUCACAUUCCAGUUUUCGUUCAAAAUUUGGCGUAAAAUGAUGUACGCAUUCUGGCUGACUGUUAUCGUGUACUCCAUGUCGAUCCUAGUGCUAGUCUAUACCUACCAAUUCGAUAAGUUCCCACUGUACUGGACGGAAUACCUCAAGAUAUCGGAUACUUUGCAAAAAGAUAUCGGCUUAGAAACAUACGAGACCAAACAGCUCUUCCUUCAUUUGGUGAACCCAACCAUGAUCGUUAUCAUCACAGUCAUUCAGCUGCACUAUUGCCAUAAAAAGUUUCUGGAAAUUUCGGAAAUUCCAGUCAUUCAAGAAUCCGACAUCCCAGUGAUAUCGGAAACCAGCUCCGCUUACGGCACUUUUUCGAAGCGGAAAAAACUAAGCAGCACAACCGAUGCUCCGCCAAUCGAAAAAGAUCCAGACACGGCGAACGAAGGCGCCAGCAAACCGCCACCACCGAAGUCGAAGGCGGACGAUGACAAUACUUCGGAAAUAUUGGACGAUCUACGCUUCCGCAAGCUGUCGAAACAGGAAAUCAAGGGAUUCGCUCAAAAACUGAUCAACCAGAUUUCGCAGCUGGCCGAAAUUGUUUGGCUGUUUUUCGAAAUUCACCUGCUGAAGAUCAUACUGAUAGUGGCAUUUUCACUGGGCGUAGAAACGGUUAGUUUGUUGCAUCUGCUGUACAUCUUCAUGACGGUGUUCGCGGUUAAAUCGCACACUAAUUCCCUGGUACUGGUCACCCGUGUGAUGUCGCUUAUAUCGUCGAUUUUACUGAUCACCACGAUGAUGUAUCAGGUGGAUUACAUCAACGAAAACAACUACAUAAGCGAAUGUCCGAACAUCGACGUCAAUACGACUCACGUAGAGCUGAACAAUGCGAAAUGGUUCGGCUUUCAGAAGACUGGCGCCGCCGGUAGUUUGGCAAAGCUGGUACGACCUUACUUGAUCUACAUCAUCGUCGUAACGAUUCACGCCGUCGUUGUGCUGAGGCAAACCAUUCGGAGGAUUCGACUGGGCCAAUCACCACGAACGCCUCAUCUGAUGUUUCCGAAAGUAUCGCGUCUAGACGCGGAUCGGGAUAUUCCUCGAAUGAUCAAAUAUCUGUUCAACUACGGAUUUUAUAAGUUUGGGGUGGAAAUUACGCUCGUGUCUUUGAUAGUGGUAAUCGGAUCCAGGAUGGAUAUUUUCUCCUGCUUCUACGCUUGUUGGGUUUGCAUCAUGUUCCACAUGACUCGGGAUAGUAUUAAAAAAGUGUGGCAAGUCAUAACCUGGUUCACCGUUACGCUGAUACCGGUGCAGUAUGUGAUUUUUAUUGGUCUUCCACCGGCUUUGUGUAUAAAUUAUCCGUGGGAUAUACCGUUUUUGGACCACUUUCGAAUAUGGGCAAUGCUGCCGGAAAAUACGGAAGACUUUCGAGCGCAAGCUUCGAAGAUGGUUGCCGAUUUUUUGCUGCUGAUGUUCCUUUGUCGGCAGACGCUGGUCUUCCGGAUCGAGGCACGCUACUCCUCCUGUCCGGAUGAUUUCGGCGGUGGCAGUAACCAAUCGGUACUGGAAGACAUCGAUCGUUUGGGAACGGUUCCGUUCGUCAAUCCAACGCCGGAUUUUAUUGCCAAAGUGCGGAAUUGGCUUGACAUAGUGAAACGGGGGGUUUUCCUAGUGUUUUUCUGGUUUACGUUGGCGAUUGUUUUCCUGACGGGUUCCAGUCGCGUAACUCUCUUUUCGAUCGGCUACCUGAUAGGAUCGUUUACCUUCCUGUGGCAGGGAACAGACUUCUAUCUUCGUCCAAUCAAGGGAAUAAUUAAAGCGUGGAAUAUGCUAAUCGGAUACAACGUUUUUGUGAUAACGACGAAAACGUUGCUGCAGAUGUUGGGCUGUCUGUGCCUUACGCAGCUGACUGCCAACACCUGUUGGUUGGUUCAGCUGCUUGGAAUAUCGUGCCUGUCCUCGCAAGAGGGACCUCCCGCUGUGCCUAGUAACGUCGAACCCGAUCCGGACGAUACGCAGUGCAAUGUGCCUUACGAUGAUUCCGGCCUGUUUUGGGAUGGAGUUUGUUUUGCUUUCCUGCUGCUUCAACGACGCGUUCUUUCCAGUCACUAUUUCUGUCACAUUAUAAAUGAAACGAAAGCUAGUACCAUCUUAGCUUCCAGGGGUGCUGAGCUAAUCGAGGAGCUUCGCAUCAAAGAUGUAAAGCAGGAAAUCGAACGGGAAAGCCAGAUACUGCAGAAAAUCAAGAUGAAGAUGGACCGCAUCAAGGCAACGCAGCAAAAAAUUCUGGAACCUGUACACGAACCGACCACCCAUGCCAAAGAUUCCCAACGUUCCCACCGACCGAGCCUAUGGCGCCGAAUUUCGGAGAACAGAUCAGCGGCUAUUCGAUCCGGUGACUACUAUAUGUUCGAGGACACCGAGCAUGAGUUCGAGCUGGAUCUGAUGCAGCCGCGAGAUUCCGACGAGGAGUUCGACAAGAAAUCGGCCGUGGAGCGUCGUCUUAGCCGUCGGCAUUUGACACUAGGAAAGUUGAUAGCGAAAAUCCGAGAGCAAAACGCCGAGCUGGAACAAGCACAAACCGGCGGCGACGUCGGGGAGCGACCGUCGUCGUCGUCGUCGCCGACGGUAGGUCCGGAAGGCACCACCGGGGCGGCAACCGCCGCCGCCAGGCGCAGUUCAACGCCCGUUCUGCGGCGGGCAUCAUUCGGCAUACGCGAUCGUGAACUACACACUACUGGAACGACAGACCGCACCGGGACCACGGCAACGGAUCGUUCCGCCAUUUCCGAACCAAUUCCACGCCAUUCUCAUUUUGAUCCGGCGGCAUCGUUCAAGGGUGAGGAUGAUGAACCUGACGGUCAGAAGCCGGGUACUAGUAAGGAUUCGAAGCAUCAUGGCAAAGGUGGUACGCUGGAUGAGGAGACCCGUCUGAUCAGUGAUGAAGACGACGAUGAAGAGGGCGAUGAGGAGCAGCAUUCGGCCAAGGCGAAAAAGUCUAAGUUUUCCUUCUCUGGGCUCCAUCUGGUGACGGCGUUCCUGGCGGGAGCUCUCGGCUCGCUGACGUUGCGCUUGCAUCGCGUAUCGCGAAGCUACCGGUACGUGAUGAAAGUGCUGGCGAAGGAGAAGAAGAUUUUGAAGGAAACUCCUGGCUUUGGAGCUGGUAUGAGGACUGGUUCCAGUAUGGUGUGGACUCCAGUGCAAGGUUCAAUCAGAUCCGGAGGUAGUUCGCGCUCAGGUACUAGCACAAGUAGUGGCAAAUCCGUUACCGGAACACCGAUUCCCAGUAGGGUUGCUUUGUCACGUAGUUCCGCAGGCAAUAGUAGAACGUCAUUGCGUUUAUCUACCGAUCAACCACAGCAACAACAACAACAGUCACAGUCCGUAGCUCAGCUACAAAUACCGCCAGCACCACCACCAACACAACAACAAAUCUCAUCCAUUAGUUCAUCCAAAGCUGUCACUAUAGCAAGCAGCCAUGAACUGUCAUCUCCAGCCAUACAGCCUGCGGACGAAGGCCGGCUCCACCAGGUCAGUGGACUCGGGGCUGCCCUAGCGAUGAUGGCCCGACGGGAGCAGCAACAGCCGAAGGAAGAACGCAGUAGCAGUAUCCUGCCAGAGAUUUUAAUUCUGGCUCCCUCGCUUGAACGUGGACUAGACGAUGGAAUUCGGUACAAGUUUGUCUCCAGUGAUACGCUGGACAGCAAAUCGGUGGAGUCCGUCGAUAAGUAUCCCGGAGACGACGACAUUUCGGAAGAGGAUUUCGCCAGCCAGGAACAUACCGUUGUGGUGGAGUUCCUGCAAGCGGCUUGGUAUGCUAUCCUGUCGCACACGGAUUUCAUCUGCUACUUUUUGGUGUUUUUAAAUCAAAUUAAAUCGGCAAGCCUCCUCUCGUUACCGCUACCACUGAUGGUCACACUUUGGGGAACCUUAACUUUCCCGAGACCAUCGAAAAACUUCUGGGUUACGCUGAUCGCCUACACACAAACCGUAGUGCUGCUGAAGUGUAUCUGCCAGUUUGAAAUGCUUUGGUGGAAUCAAAAUCCGAUCCCCCCGAAUCAACCCUUCAGUCCGGCUAGGAUCAUCGGAAUCGAACAGAAGAAAGGCUAUGCGACGUACGAUUUGGCGCUGCUUUUGGUGUUGUUUUGUCAUCGCUUUAUUCUAAAAUCGUUGGGACUCUGGAAGUCGGAUUUCGUCGAAGAACCAGAUCCCGAGGAGGGUCUCUAUAAGGUGGACCUCAAUGACGAAAAGACGCAAGCUCUGAUCAGCGCAGCUGAGGAGGUGGACAAACAACGUGAAACGCUCAUCAUACGGCAGGACGCCGUCACCGAGCUGACUAUGGUUAAGGUCGAAGAGGGAGCCGAUCGGCAGCUGCCGGAGGAUACGGUUAACGGAACGGCGCUGGUGUGCGUUACGCAUCACAGCGAAGAUUCGGCCGACUAUUUUCCGCAGAUCGUGAAACAUUCGUUCCUGAAGUACACCGCCAACGUGAAGGACUUCUUCAGUCAGCUGCUGGAUCGACAGUCCCGCAAGACGGCCGACGUGUACGGCUAUCUGUUUCUGUGCGAUUUCAUUAACUUUUUCGUUAUUCUGUUUGGGUUUUCCGCCUUCGGGACGCAGGAAGGUGAUGGGGGUGUACUUUCCUACUUCGAAGAGAACAAAGUGCCAAUGACCUUUUUGUUGAUGUUGAUAAUCCAGUUCUUCCUGAUCGUUGUUGACCGAGCACUGUACCUGCGGAAGUACAUGGUCGGCAAGAUUCUGUUUCAGUUUUUCCUCAUCAUCGGGCUACACAUUUGGAUGUUUUUUGUGCUGCCAGCGACGACCGAACGCAGCUUCAACGCAACCAACCCGCCGGUUUACUACUAUCUGAUCAAAUGCUUCUAUCUGCUGUUUUCAGCCUAUCAAAUCCGUUGUGGGUAUCCGGCGAGAAUUUUGGGCAAUUUUGUGACCAAGGGCUUUACCAUGAUCAACUUUACCGGGUUCAAACUGUUCAUGACGAUUCCGUUUUUGUUUGAACUGCGUACGUUGAUGGAUUGGAUUUGGACCGAUACUUCGAUGACGUUGUUUGAUUGGCUUAAAAUGGAGGAUAUUUUCACGAAUGUUUAUCAGUUGAAAUGUAUGCGGCAGCUGGAGGAGGAUCUACCGGCUCCUCGGGGUCAAAAGAAGGGAUCUCUCGUGAAGUACCUGAUGGGUGGAGGCAUGAUGUUUGGAAUAAUUUUGCUGAUUUGGUUCCCACUGGCUUUGUUUGCCUUUAGUAACGCUGUUGGAGAGCCGAAUCUCCCUUACGACGUUUCUGUGUCGCUUCGAAUUGGUCCGUAUGAACCGGUUUACAUGAUGUCUGCCCAGGACAAUAACAUUCAUGGUUUAAACGAUCAGCAGUGGGAGAAAUUUAUGCUUCCAUAUUCGAAGGAUAAAACAGCACUAACUUUUCUAUCAAACUAUGAGCCGGUGGAUGUGGCGGCUGUGAAACUGGGAGCGAACUCUACCUCAAUUUGGAACAUUUCCCCACCGGAUAAGGCACGGUUGUUGAACGAUCUGAAUACCACCGCAACGCUGACGUGCCGCUUCCGGUAUACUAUCAAUCGGAAGUCACAUUCCAAGGAAAACCCGGGCACGGUUUCUGAGGAGAAGUCCUACGAACUGGAACCGGACGAUCCGGCUCGGGCGGCACUGGUGAAAAUGCUCGCCACCGACACGAACAUGACCGUUUCGUUGCCCUAUCUGAUGCCAAAGUUUUUGAAGGUGAAAAAUAGUGGGACCGUCAAACCGAUUCACCAGUUGAUUCCCGCUGCGGACACGGACGAAAGCGAGCGAAACUAUCGCAACAUAACGUUGCGGUUGUUCCAAACCCACAUGAACAACACUAUUCCGCUGUUUUGGUGGGAAGUUAAAGAGAACUGUACCGAUCCGACGUCGGCAAUGUUCAUAAACAUGCCGUAUGCCGACUGUUUUUCACACCUGGUGAUGUACAUGUUUAACGAUAAGAUCUUUCCCAGUACGAUCAGUUCUAUCGCUGCUGGCGGUAUCAUCGGUAUCUACUCCACGCUGAUUUUGGUCUUCUCGCGGAUGCUACGAACCAGCAUCUUCUCGGGGGCAAGCUCGAAAAUCAUGUUCGAGGACCUGCCGUACGUGGAUCGAGUGCUACAGCUCUGCCUGGACAUUUACCUGGUGCGAGAAUCUCUUGAAUUUACCCUGGAGGAAGACCUAUUUGCCAAACUAAUCUUCCUCUACCGCUCGCCGGAGACGAUGAUCAAAUGGACACGGCCCAAAAACGAGGAAGGUGACGAUGACAGCGAUUCGAUGAGCACCAGCUCGAAGUCGCGCAAAAAGAAUGAAUAGUAAGGUUUAACUCUUAUUUUACUCUCAGUUAUCGAUGGUGAUAUUACUUUGUAAGGGAUAAUUUUGCCUAUUUAUUGAACAAUUGUUAAAUAGAACGCAAUCACCGUUCAGUUUAUGUUUUUAAACAUGAACUCAGUUGUAGUUGCGAUCAAAUAAAAUUAGUUAGUUUAUGAUACUAUUUUUAUGCUUUCGGUUGAGUUAUAAAAUAAUUGUAAGAUUGAAUUAGAUUAAUCCGCUGUUUAAAAUGGUUUUCAAAAAAAAAAAAGAAACGAUGUAAAUAAUUAGAAAUCAUUUCCGCUGCAUACAGCAUCCGGAUAAAGUUAUGGUGAAUAAUCCACUUUUUUCGCGUCAUAAUUCUAGUCUAUUUAUCUUUGGAAACGCCAGUGGUGAGUUGGCGAGAAGCAAAAAAAAUCGCAUUCGUUGCACAUAUCUAUUUUUUAGCUUAGGUUCGACUAGGUACCAAGCGGUCAUUUAUAAAAUCAAACUCGUGCACGAUUCAGAAACGAUAUACCUUUGAGAAACAAAAAAAAAACGAAGAUUUAUAGCAAUCUAUUUUUGUAGGUUAAGUAAAAUACAAUUUGUAAA